UAUUGACCAUUAUUUUUAGGUCAAAUUUGGUUUUUUUUUAAUUGGAGCAUUUCAACCGGAUGUUUACAAAGUUUACGGAAUUAAAAACUAUAAAUACGUGACUGUUGCAUUUGCCGACUGCUUCUUUUGUAGAUGACUGGGCAGUUUUUAACAAAAAUGGCACCAAUAGUUAAAAAAUUCGAUUUACUGGUACUUGGAGGAGGCUCGGGAGGUUUAGCAUGUGCAAGACGAGCUGCUGAGUUUGGAAUUCAAGCAGGCAUUGUUGAAGAAGCAAGAUGGGGCGGAACUUGUGUGAAUGUUGGCUGUGUGCCAAAAAAAGUCAUGUACAACACUGCCUUACAUGCUGAAUUUAUACAGGAGCACAAAGGCUAUGGUUUUGAUGUAGAGCUUAAAGGAUUCGAUUGGAGUCGUAUUAAAAAGAGUAGGGAUGAUUAUAUCAAGAGGUUGAAUGGUAUCUAUGAAUCUAAUUUAGAAAAGUCUAAAGUGGAGAGAAUUAUUGGUCAUGGGUCGUUUACACCAGACAAAUGUGUUGAGGUCAAUGGAGAAAAAUAUGCAGCAGAUCACAUUUUGAUUGCAACAGGUGGCCGUCCUGUUGUUCCCAAUAUUCCAGGUGCUGAGUAUGGAAUAACUAGUGAUGGCUUCUUUGAGCUUGAGGAUUUACCCAAGAAAGUGGUUGUUGUUGGUGCAGGGUACAUUGCAGUUGAGCUGGCUGGAGUCUUUGCUACUUUAGGAGCCGAUACCUCUGUGCUUAUACGCUACGAUCAGGUUCUUAGAACAUUUGAUAGUAUGAUAAGUAAAAGUGUUACGGAAAGUCUUGAGGCAGGAGGUGUGAAAGUUUGUAGACGGACAGAAGUAUCAAGUGUGACUAAGGAAGAAGAUGGAACCCUCACUCUCAAAAUUAAUAAUGGGGUGAUUGAUAAAGUCGACUGUCUUCUAUGGGCUAUUGGCAGAGUUCCCAACUCUGAUAGUUUAGGCUUGGAAAAUGCUGGUGUUAUUGUGGACAAACAUAACAACAUAGAGGUGGAUGAAUACCAGAACACCAAUAUCAAUGGGAUCUACGCUCUAGGGGAUGUCUGUGGAAAAGCCUUGCUCACUCCUGUUGCCAUAGCAGCAGGCAGGAAGUUGGCCCACAGACUGUUUGAUGGUAAAAAAGAUUUCAAGCUAGACUACAGCAACAUUCCAACUGUUGUGUUUUCUCACCCCCCUGUAGGAACUGUUGGUCUCACAGAAGAGGAAGCAGAGCUGAAGUAUGGGAAAGAAAAACUUAAAAUCUACACCUCAUCGUUUGUGCCUAUGUACUAUGCUGUUCUGGAGCAUAAAGUGCGGUGCCACAUGAAGCUUAUAUGUGUUUUACCUGAGGAGAAGGUUGUAGGACUACACAUGGUAGGUCAAGGUUGCGAUGAAAUGCUGCAAGGCUUUGGCGUGGCUAUUAAAAUGGGAGCCACCAAGGCACAGUUUGACGACUGUGUCGCCAUCCACCCGACAUCAUCUGAGGAGUUGGUCACCAUGCGGUAAAACUUUUCAUUCAACACCUUCACAGAUGAUCAUCCGAUGCUUUAAAUCAAAUUUUUCAUUAUAUUUUAGAGGAAUAUAAACAGUAUGUAGUUGAUUAAAUUAUUUAAUGCUAGACAUAAUACAAUAUUAAUGCACUGAUUAUUUGACAGAUUUCCAGUUUUCUGUCUUAUUCAGACUUAUUUUAAAAUGUUAUCUAAUUAUAAAUAUUUAUUGAUUCUUGCAAUCGUAGCUUCUAUAUUUUUCUAUAAAUAUAAAUUUAUCAAAAUUUUGUGUUCUAUAUACUUAUUAAGCC